CAUAGGGAUCUUGAGGGUUUCAUCAUCACCCAUGUGUUCGUACGCAUAGUGUCAGUUCGAAAGUGACAGUGGAUCAAGACAAGUGUUUUAUAUUUUGCUAAUUAACUACAACGACUUAACACAAACAAUUUAUUACAAUCAGUUGACGAGUGAUAUAUUCAUUGCUUCUUAAAUCGAGACCUCCCAUAAAGCAAACCAACAGAGUACCGGCCUUCCUUCGUACUCUCUCCCAUGUGAUUUGUGCUCGCGUGUUGGACCCUGUCGUAGUUGUGUAAUCUUCUGUUUAGUGUGUGAUAGUACUUGGAUACGAGCAGACUCCUUCCACAGAAGACGGAAAGGGAUUUUUUUCUUCUAUUUAUUGGAUAGACAUUGUUACCAGAUCAAGUGAUUUAGUGGCUGACUGAACACAACUGUUGUAAAAUGGGUGUACCCGAGAACGAAGGCAAGACAACAUUAGUUCUGAUUCUGAGUGUGACAGUUGCUUGUAUAGGGAACUCAUUCCUUUAUGGCUACCAGAUUGGUGUUGUCAACCAGCCAGCUGAUCUCAUACAAGCUUUCUACAAUAAAACUUACUAUGAGCGCAAGGGGGGCAAUUGGGAUAAUAUGACACGCUACAAUGAUUAUCUGCAAGAAAACAUCACAGAUGACGAAGCCAUUAUAAAGUAUUUUGGCAGCAACUCUAACGUUGUUAAGAAUGCCCCAACAGAGAACACAACAAAGCUCUUAUCUCCAGAUGUUUUUGGUGCUAAAACAGAAUUACUGCUUGAGCCAUGGGUUGUCAAAAUCUUGUGGUCAACAACUGUCGCCGCUUUUGUGCUUUUCGGUAUGAUUGGAGCAUUUUGUUCUGCCAAAGUGGCAGAUUUUUUUGGCAGAAAAAAGGGCAUGAUUAUCAUAACUGUUCUGAUGUUUAUUGCUGCCAUAUUGGGAGGCAUCACCAUCAUUGCUGCAUCUCCAGAGUGUCUCAUUCUGUCUCGAGUUUUUGUGGGCUUACAUUCUGGUCUGAACAUCACUCUAUGUCCUCUCUACCUGGCUGAGAUCUCUCCCAGAAAGAUUAGAGGAGCAAUCGGCACUUGCCAUCAGCUAGCAUGCACCAUUGGUAUCCUGGUAUCACAGAUAUUAGGCCUUAAGGAGUUAUUGGGUACUGAGAUACUGUGGCCCUAUCUGUUUGCUUUCAAUGCCAUACCAUCCCUGAUCUGCUUGGUCUUCAUGCCAUUUUUCCCUGAGAGUCCAAGAUUUUUGUUGAUUAAACAAAAACAAGAAAGCGCUGCUGUAGAAGCCUUGAAGAAAUUCCGAGGCACUGACAAUGUUUCGGAUGAAAUUGAAGAGAUGAGACUGGAGGCCAGUAAGUCUGUCAGCGUCAAGAAUUUCAGUAUCAAGGAGCUCUUGGUAGCACCCGAACUCAGAAUGCCAGUCAUCAUUGCAUGCGUAUUGCAGAUCUCACAACAAUGGUCAGGAAUUAACGCUGUGAUGUCCUAUUCUACACUUCUGUUUGGUCAAGUCAACAUGGACCCUGCAACCAUCCCUUAUAUUGUGGUAGCAACUGGUGUCAUCAAUGUCCUUUGUACUGUUGUUGCUGUUCCUCUAAUGGAGAAGGCUGGACGUCGUCCACUGUUGCUCUAUCCCAUGAUUGGCAUGUUAAUCUCCUUCAUACUCAUGACCAUCUUCUUAAAUCUUGGGGAAAACUCAGAUCUGGCUGACUCCCACAAGUACUUUGCUUACAUCUGUAUCAUUCUCAUGCAUACCUACAUUAUUGGCUUUGCUCUUGGUCUUGGCCCCAUCCCUUUCAUUGUUGUUGGUGAAAUUUUCAGACAAGAGCCCAGAGCUGCUGCAAUGAGUUUGUCUUUGGCCUUCAACUGGAUCUGUAAUUUCACUCUCAUGUUAACUUUCCCAUUCUUAAAAGAUGGCCUUGGUGCUUACGUCUACAUACUCUUCUCCAUAGUCUUGGCCUUUGCCAUAGCAUUUAUCUUCUUCUUUGUACCUGAGACCAAAAAUAAAACUUUUGACGAAAUAGCCAACUCCAUUGCAUUCGGAAAAGCCAGAGGCCAGCAGAAAUCUUUCAAUGUGGAUGAUGAGAAAGGAGGAGAAAAUAUACCUUUGGAGAAAGUCUGAGCUGGGACAAUGUCAAACUAGGCCCUAGUACCUUUCAACGUGAGACGAGAUCUUUACCUUUCAGGGGAAGCAGUGUUUCCACACCUUGCCAAUUCUAUCUCCAUGUUAAUGUUUAUUGCGUAAACAGUUGGGCUUUUUUUUAAAUUUCAAACUGUAGAGCUAAUAACUAGCUAUGUUUCUACAAAGUGGGGACUGUAUUUAAAUAGUUCACAUGUUGUCUGAUAUAUCAUGAAAUAUGAAAUGUCCUAGAAUAAAAAAGAUAAAGUUUUUGUCAUUUAAAUUUCAUUUACGUAUUUAAUUUUUUUUUUUUCCUGUGGCUAUAAAUUGUGGCGUUAGUCAUAUAGCGGCUAUUGAUGUGUAAAUAACAUGAAAAGUGCUUUAUAACAUUAAUUUAUUGACCAAACCAAAAACUUUCUUUAAUAUUUAAAAACUUCUCUGUAUAUUACCCCAUAAAGUAUCAAAAGGUCAGUGCUGGGAUUGACUUAUUUUGCAUAACUAAGCUUGAUCAUUCUUCCUGUUGUGAACAAGUCUUAAACACUACAUUCAUUCAUGGAAUGUUCAUCUCCACCAUCAUUGCGAGAGCUGAGCUUCUCACUUAGCAACUUUUAAGGGCCUGUUUGUUUAUUUAUUAUUAAAGGUAACACUUAUGGCAUACCAUGUAUCUAUUUCAUCACAGUAUAUUCUGUUCAUACUGCAAUUAUAAACAAAAAUAUAGUCAAUGACGAAAUGAAGUGAAUCAUCUUUUGAACUUUUGUUUCAAAGGAAAUGAUACUCAGAAUGGGAGUUGAAUAGUGCAGUAAGUUAGUCUUGUCAAUAUGUUCAACAUAGAAACUUUAAGAUGUUAUGAUUUCUUAUUAAAUCUUUUUAAUUUAUCAAUUGUUUCAACUGCUUCUUGCUAGUGUUAUUAGUCAUUUGAAUGAACUACAUGUCAAAAUAUUCUUUGGGUGUGUUUUAAUAUAACAGUGGGUUAUUAUUUACUUUCAGUUAGUCAUUACUUCAUUGAUACUAUUUCCUGCAGUAUUUUUUCCCCAAUGUCUUAUAUGUUUCUUCAUAGGAUGAAUAGUGUAUGUGUCGUAUGGUUUGUUGACAGACUAGUGAAGUGUUCAUAAAUGAAUGAAAUGUUGUAUGAUUGGUGGAUUCAUCUGUUUCAUUCACUUAUGAGGGUAUCAGACAAUAAUUAGUUUGUUUUAAAAUAUUAAUUUUUUUAAACUCUUUGAGUGCAUACUUAGAUAUUUUUGUUAGUUGUGUUUUUAUUCACUAUCAUUUUAAUUCACUCAAUUAACUUGAGUGUUCAUUUAAAAAGAAACAACAACAAUUCCUUAUUUUUUGGAAGCCUUGUUGUAGAGCCAUCAUAUCUGAGGCCUCAGACACAAAGGUACGGGGCUUAACUCCUUCCAGACAGUGGAAUAUUUUAGGUAAUAUAACAAAUCUCAUGAUAGAAAAUGUGUGUGUUAUUUGUACAUUGCCAAAUUGCUGGCAUUAGGCAUGUGCUGUGACUACAGCACUUAUAACCUGUUUCAUCCCACACAUGAUGGUAUUAAAGGGUUAAAUUAGUGGAUGUCCUAGAAACAUGGUUAUGUACUUUGACAGCAGUAUGCUAGUGCUGAAUGUAUUCAGUUGAAUUCAGACUUUCCAUUGAUGACUGCUUUUAGUCAGCUAUUCUGUAUUUUACUAUGUGUAUAUUUUGUACAGAAUACGUUUUUAUAAAGAUAUUUUACUUUCCAAAUGUCUUACAUAUAUUAUGUAUGAUCGCUACAUCAUUUUAAAAGUAAAUUUUCUUUAAAGAUUUUAAAUUUUUUGUUGGGCGUCAGUCUAAUUAUAUAUCAGUCACUGGGAAUUUUCCACAAAAAAAAAUAAUUUAUAUUUUCAUAUUAUAUAUUGUGCAGAUGUUUUAAACCGUAGUUUUGCUGUGUUUAGAUUUUUAAAAAAUAUAUUAUUAUGUGAAAAAAAUGCUUGGCCAUUGCUAAAAAAAAAAUCCUUUCUGUCUCAGUAUGUUAGCUUGAUUCUUCCUGGCUAGUUCUUUGUAGUGUUCAUUGUUAGGCCAUUUGUGUUUUAUUAGUGAUGGUUGUGAAAAAUUAUGUUGAAUGAUUAGGAAAAGUUUUGACUCAUAAAUAUAAAAAUGUCUGAAUGUAUAAAAUGCAAUCAUUUAUAUAAACAGAGGCAUGUGUAAAAAAAUAAAUCAUAUUACUACAUUUAUUAGAAUGACGCAGAUUAUGUUACAAGUGUAUUAGAAACAAAAGAAAUAAAAACUGUACAUUUAUAUACAUUUAAAAAAAAAAUGUAUUAGGAGCUAUUCUUUAGUUUUGCAUGCAAAUGUCCAUUGUUCUGUCACUAUUUGUGUUCCAUUGUUUGUCUUAAUAAAAGAUGUUUUAUUAUAGAAUUA